UGUCAGUCUGCAGUUUGGGCUCUACUCUCCGGACCGGACCAGAUUACUGCUGGCUCAGCAGCGCCUGAGAUCCUCGAGGAUUUAAUGUAAACGUAGUUUACGACCCCAGAGUCUGACAGUCUAAAAGCAAUAAUGUGCCUUGCACGGUCACAGUGAAGCCUUUGUAGGAAGAAGCGCUGCCGCGCUGCACUUCACUGGUCGGAACAUCGUACAGAGACCAGUAAUUACCAUAUUAAAUCAGGAGGCCGGAGUGCUGCGCUGGCAGGAGUCUCUCUUGGCGUCCUCUCCAGUUUCUUACAGCUGGUUUCAAUCUGGGGAGGUGAGACUGAGAGGGAGCCCGCCUUUGAGGGCUUUUCCUCCACUCCUGACAUUUUGUGAAUGUUGCCCCAUUUUAGCAAAAACGUGCAAAUACCUGCCCCUAGCUCACAGCCGGUGGAGAACCAGCUGAGCUCUGUGUCAGCAACUGUGAAGCAUUUCCUUUAAGGUCGGUGAAAAGUCACUGUCCAGCGGCUCGCUGAAUUAUCCACAAAGAGAAAGGGAAUGCGUAGACAACAUUUAAGAGAAAAUUAUUGGUACAAAUGGUCUAAUUUUGAAAUAUUUUCUCGGAAUUUCUCUUUAUUCUUGUUGCUCUGGAUGUCUGUGCAAUUUCUCGGUCUCGCUGAAGCUUUUCCCCCGUGGAAGAUCGAGCUGGAAUCAGGAAGAAUGAUGUUAAGAAAAUCAUACCUGAUACCUACCUCACCAGAGGAGCUACCCAACACAUUCCUACGCCGUCAGAAGCGAUAUGCCAUUAAUCCCUUACUGCAUAAAUGGGACCACUUCAACAUCACCUACAAGAUUGUGCAGUUUCCAAGCACUCUGAAUAAAGAUGACACCAGGAAGGCCAUUGCCAUAGCGUUUGUAAUGUGGAGUGAUGUGUCACCCCUGACUUUCACAGAGGUCCCACCACAGAAGGAUGCAGAUAUCAAAAUCGGGUUUUACACAUUCAAUCACACUGACUGCUGGUUUGCUCCACUUCAUCCUUGCUUCGAUGGACUUAAUGGCGAGCUUGGUCAUGCUUUUCUGCCACCACUUGGCGAGAUUCACUUUGACAAUCAUGAGUUCUGGAUUCUGGGCAAGUCUCGUUUCAGCUGGAAACAAGGUGUUUGGCUCAAUGAUUUGGUGCAGGUAGCUGCUCAUGAAAUUGGACAUGCAUUAGGCCUAAUGCACUCCCGCAAUGAGAGUGCAUUGAUGCAUCCCAAUGCAACCUUUACAGGACAGCGAAGGAUCACGCAGGAUGAUAUCUGGGGAAUCCAGAGAUUGUAUGGUUGCGUUGAUAAGAAGAGACUGUGCGAUCCCUGGGCUCGUCUUGGAUUCUGUGAGAAACGGCGCUCUUUCAUGAAGAAACAUUGCCCUGAAGUGUGUGACCUGUGUUUUGAACCACCAGAUACAGCAGUUACAACCACUGCUCUUCCUCAGAAUGUCAGGAUGAAAUAUGUGUCCAAAGGUCGUAUAGUGACCUUCAGAUGUGGAAAAUCUCUCUCACGUGCAACUCCUCUCAAUGUCAGUUGGUAUAAGGAUGGAGAAUUAUUGACCAGUUCAGUGCCAGGAUACUUCAUUGUGAAAAACCAGGAUCUCAGCAUUGUAGCAAAUGAGUUUAAUGAGGGGCUGUAUACGUGCCAAAUCCGACAGAAAACAUUAACAAUUCAGGCCAAUUCUUGGUGGAUCAGAGUCAAGGAAGACAAUGAUAUUGAUAAGCCACAAGAUCUCAACUCCCACUCAGGAUGAGUGAGAGUGACAUUGAUCCAAACCAUGUACAAGAUGUAAUGAUGAUCAUGGACAAUGACCUAGUAAUGACUAGUUAUUUUACAACAUCAAUGGACAAUCACUAACAAACAUCAGUGGCUGCCCAACCAGAUGGUCAUGGAUUUGAGUCAUGAUAGUAACUGAAAUUUUAUAUUUAAUCAGCUCCAUAUGAAUUCUCUGAGAUUAUUGGUGAGCAGUGUGCCUGAGGAAAACAUCCCCCUUUGGAAAUGGGAGAAAAACACAUUUUGCCCACCUCGUGUUGGGGUAAGUGGGUGCAUUGCUGAGUCAGCCAAUCCUCAUGAAGAUUGACAUAUCUUGACCUCAAUUCUCUUCUCUUGAACGGAGAAAGGGAGAAUGGAAGAUUCUGUAAUUUUGAAAUGUGAAAGAAGUGAAUUUUCGAGGUUAUUACACUUCUGUAUGUCAUCACACACGAAUGAGCUUCAUAGUCACACAGUAUCGAAACAGUCACUUUUGGCUAUUGAGCAGGUAAAGAAUUGGCAAACGCACAAACUCCUCCACAGAAUGCAAGAAUAAAUUAGAUGGCAGGUUUGCAUAAUGGAUCCUGCCCAGUUUUCUGCCCUAAAUGAACAAAAGAUUUGUUACAGUUCCGUUAUAGAUGCUCACCUUUAUUUCUACACUUUAUCCACACAAUAUAACAUGAGAAAUGUGUCUGUGUGUUCAAAUGUGAAGUGGAAGGACAGUUACAACACCUUUUUGUUCAUUUUCCUAGUCAGCCAUAUCACCACAGACAGGCAGCAAUGUCAAGUGAGUGUGGUCACUAGUAUAACUGUGCCAUUUCAUUAAUAAACAUCAACUUACAAUGAAAUAAUAAUUCAUUCACAUAUGGGCAUUUAGGGAUGCGUAAUAAACGUUCACUGCACAAGUGCCAUCCACAUCUGAUGAAAAAAAUUAAACAAAAGUAAGCACAGAAUAUACUGGAAAUCACUGAGAACUUUGGGUGACUUGUCAGUCAUGUUCAAGAAUACCAACCCUGAUGUCUACCCAUUCAAAUAACCUAUUACUUCAUAGAUAAAUACUGUAGAAAGAAAGCAGGGUAGGUUCAGAGUCUCACUCAAGGGAGAAAGCACUUCAGUGCUAUACUGGAGUGUCAGCAUAGAUUAUGGGUUUUAGUCUCCAGGGUGACGUUUGAACGCAACCCCUUCUGACUCCGAGUCAAUGUGCUGCUGCUACAGCCACAGAAUUGGCCUAUGUGUCCUCACUGGUUGAAUGGGCGAUCAGUGGAUUUGUGACUUUUUCUCUCCCUCACAAAGUGUCUUUACCAGCAAUGGUCCAUUCAUUGAUGGUUGCAAAAGAGUUUGUAAUCCUGUAAUGUUUUAGCCACCAACUACAGAUGACUAAUUGUAUUUCUCAUUCAAAAAUAAAAACAAUAUGUAACAGAA